AACAAAUUGGAAAUAUCUGGCCAUUUUUAAAUAAAAGUUCUUGAAAUGUCGAGCUCUAGUUCAUUUUCGAGUGUGAAUAGCAAUACUGCUACCAUUAUGCCAUAUGAAAUGGAAGACGAGCGUAAAGAAAGCGAGAAAUGCGACGCAGAAUUCGAUCCUGAUAUUCCGGAGGACAGCCAAAUGGAUGACAACACAGACCCCGAGGCCUACUUUGACGAACCUAUCGCGGAUAAUGUUUGGCUAGAAAAUUAUAACAGAGCGCGGGAAGAAAAUAACCAAACAAUGGCAGAACUAGAACUCCGCUGGAAUGGAAGAAAAACUUUAACUUCCUGGUGCAGUUGUGGUAACUGUAGCAUUGAAAUGCUGCAAAAUGCUAAAGAGUGUCGUUGUUGCCACGAAAUCGAGGGUUGCGCAAAAUUUAUUGAUGACUUUUCUGAGGAGUCAAGUGAGGAACAGAAAUUGACUUGUAUAGUUAAUCAUCCUGGUUUUCCAGCUGUUUGCUUAAACAGAUGGUCGUUGGAGCUUGCUGCUGACAAUUUCAAAACCCGUCAGGGUCAUAGAUAUAAGCAAAGUGGCUCAAAACAAAGAUUUCUGAGAGUUGUUGCCUAUCGACAAUUUACUCGCAUGGUGCAUGGCCGAUUAAGGGACAAAAGAAUUCCAUUGCCUUCUUGUGCAUACAAUGCUAUACGUUUAACACAUAAACCCAUGGAUGGUGCAUUCACUGGCUAUGAAGAACUGGAGACAGAUGAAGAAAGCGAAUAAUAUUGCUUUGGUUCAAAUGUAAAUUG